GUAGCGGGGUCCUAGUGCUGGAGUCGUGUUGGGAACGGAGUGUUUACAAAUUGAAAGGUUCCCUUGAGAUAGAUAAUGCCAGCAGAACGUAAAAAUCAAUCAAACAUGGAAGAGAGAGAUUCUGCAGGUCUUUCCAAAGACUGUGCCGACAAACGGGCAGCAGGUGGCAGGGAGCGAGCUAAAGAUGAUGUCAAGUCGGGAAGCAAGAGAGACCCAUCAAGGCUGACAGAAGAGAAGAAGAAAAAAGUGGAAGAGGAAAAACGCAAGAAGGACGAGAAGGAUAGUAAGAAGAAGGAGGAGGAGGAUUCUGCAAGAACUAUGGAGGAGGAAAAACUCGCUCAAGAGGAGGAGAAAAAAAAGCAAGAAGAGGAGCAGAGUCAUCAAGAAGCGGCUGCUGCCCUGAUAAAAGAGAAAGAAGAAGCGCAUCAGCUGCACCAGGAAUCCUGGGAGAGACAUCAGGCCAGAAAAGAGCUCCGCAGCAAAAAUCAGAAUGCUUCUGAACAUCGCCCUGAAGAACACUUUUUCAGCAAGCUGGAUUCUAGUCUCAAGAAAAACACUGCCUUUGUGAAGAAACUUAAAACCAUAACUGAGCAGCAGAGAGAUUCUUUGUCCCAUGAUUUUAAUGGCCUUAACCUAAGCAAGUACAUUGCAGAGGCCGCAGCUUCAAUAGUUGAAGCAAAGCUGAAAAUCUCUGAUGUUAACUGUGCUGUCCACUUGUGUUCUCUCUUCCACCAGCGAUAUGCAGAUUUUGCCCAGUCUCUGCUCCAGGUUUGGAAGAAACAUUUUGAAGCCCGCAAAGAAGAUAAAACCCCAAACAUUACUAAGCUUAGAACAGAUUUGCGCUUCAUUGCUGAACUAACCAUAAUUGGCAUUUUCACUGACAAAGAAGGUCUCUCAUUGAUCUAUGAACAACUGAAGAACAUCAUAAAUGCUGAUCGGGAGUCCCACGCUCACGUUUCUGUAGUUAUCAGCUUUUGUCGUCACUGUGGGGAUGAUAUUGCUGGCUUGGUUCCAAGAAAGGUUAAGUGCGCAUCUGAGAAAUUUAAUCUAAACUUCCCACCUAGUGAGAUUAUUAGUCCUGAGAAGCAGCAGCCUUUUCAGAACUUGCUGAAGGAAUACUUCACAUCUCUAACAAAGCACCUAAAGAGGGACCACCGAGAGCUGCAGAACAUAGAGCGGCAGAACAGACGCAUCCUCCAUACAAAGGGAGAAUUGAGUGAAGACAGGCACAAGCAAUAUGAGGAAUUUGCAACAUGCUAUCAGAAAUUAUUGGCCAACUCGCAGUCUCUUGCUGAUCUUCUAGAUGAAAAUAUGCCUGAACUUCCUCAAGACAAACCUGUGCCAGAAGAACAUGGACCUGGCAUUGACAUAUUCACACCUGGGAAGCCUGGUGAUUAUGAUUUAGAAGGAGGCAUCUGGGAAGAUGAAGAUGCCCGAAACUUCUAUGAGAACAUGAUAGAUCUGAAAGCUUUUGUCCCUGCUAUUUUGUUUAAGGACAAUGAAAAAAGUACCCAGGCCAAGGACAGUGGCAAGGAUGAUAUAAAAGAUUCCAAAGACUGUAAAGAAAGAGAUGUCUCCACAACAGAAGAACUAGAAUUGGAACUGGAAAAUUUGGAUAUAAAUGAUGAUGCCAUGGAGCUAGAAGGAGUUGAGGAAGCAGAAGACCUUACAAAGAAACUGCUUGAUGAACAAGAACAAGAAGAUGAAGAGGCGAGCACUGGGUCCCAUCUAAAGCUUAUAGUUGAUGCUUUUAUUCAGCAGCUGCCAAACUGUGUUAAUCGUGAUCUUAUAGACAAGGCUGCCAUGGAUUUCUGCAUGAAUAUGAAUACAAAGGCAAAUAGAAGGAAGCUGGUUAGAGCACUAUUCAUUGUUCCUAGACAAAGACUGGAUUUGUUGCCAUUUUACGCAAGAUUGGUUGCGACCUUGCACCCAUGUAUGUCAGAUGUUGCAGACGAUCUUUGUUCCAUGCUAAAGGGGGAUUUUAGAUUCCAUGUAAGAAAGAAGGAUCAGAUCAAUAUCGAAACCAAGAACAAGACUGUGAGGUUCAUCGGGGAACUUGCCAAGUUUAAAAUGUUCAACAGAACAGACACCCUCCAUUGUCUAAAGAUGCUGCUGUCAGACUUCUCACAUCACCACAUUGAAAUGGCUUGCACACUUCUGGAAACCUGUGGAAGAUUUCUAUUCCGAUCUCCAGAUUCCCACUUACGAACCAGUGUACUAUUGGAACAAAUGAUGCGCAAAAAACAAGCCAUGCAUUUGGAUGCCCGAUAUGUAACAAUGGUGGAGAAUGCCUACUAUUAUUGCAAUCCACCUCCCGCUGAAAAGACUGUGAGAAAGAAGAGGCCUCCUCUGCAUGAGUACAUAAGGAAACUGCUUUAUAAAGAUCUCUCCAAAGUUACAACUGAAAAGGUUUUGCGGCAGAUGAGGAAGUUGUCGUGGCAGGAUUCAGAGGUGAAAGACUAUGUCAUUUGCUGCAUGAUCAACAUUUGGAAUGUGAAGUAUAACAGUAUCCACUGUGUAGCCAACCUACUAGCAGGCUUGGUGCUUUAUCAAGAGGAUGUUGGAAUUCAUGUGGUUGAUGGCGUAUUAGAAGACAUUCGUCUAGGGAUGGAGGUCAAUCAGCCAAAGUUUAACCAGCGGCGGAUAAGCAGCGCUAAAUUUCUUGGAGAGCUGUACAACUACAGAAUGGUGGAAUCCGCGGUUAUAUUCCGCACACUUUAUUCCUUUAUAUCGUUUGGUGUUAACACAGACGGCAGCUCCAGUCUCCUUGAUCCACCAGAGCACUUGUUUCGUAUAAGAUUAGUUUGCACCAUUCUUGAUACCUGCGGACAGUAUUUUGACAGAGGAUCUAGCAAACGCAAGCUUGAUUGCUUCCUUAUUUACUUUCAGCGGUAUGUCUGGUGGAAAAAAAACCUGGAGGUAUGGACAAAAGAACACCCAUUUCCUAUAGACAUUGACUAUAUGAUAAGCGAUACGCUGGAGCUGCUGAGGCCAAAAAUGAAACAAUCCAACUCUUUGAACGAAGCUGUCCGACAAGUUCAAGAUCUGGAACGAGAGUUUCUGGUUAAACUAGGUCUGGUGAAUGACAAAGACUCAAAACAUUCUAUUGCUGAAGGAGAAGCUCUAGAGUAUGAGGAUGAUGAAGAGGAGGAAGAAGCUGGAGCAGAGACGGAGGAGCAAUCUGGGAAUGAAAGUGAAAUGAACGAACCAGAAGAAGAUGAGGCUUCGGAAAAUGAAGAAGAAGAGAGGGAGGAAGAAGAGGAGGAAAAUACAGAUUACAUGACUGACUCAAACAAGGAAAAUGAGACUGAUGAAGAAAACACUGAGGUGAUGAUUAAAGGAGGUGGGAUCAAACAUGUACCUUGUGCAGAGGAUGAAGACUUCAUUCAGGCUCUUGAUAAGAUGAUGCUGGAAAAUCUUCAGCAGCGUAGCGGAGAGUCUGUGAAAGUGCAUCAAUUAGAUGUUGCAGUUCCCUUACAUCUGAAAAGUCAGCUAAAGAAGGCACCGACAUUGGGAAGUGGGGAAGGAGAGUUUGGGGAUACAAUGCCAUUUGUUAUGCUGACGAGAAGAGGCAACAAACAGCAGUUUAAGAUCCUCAAUGUGCCCAUGUCUUCACAAUUAGCUGCAAAUCACUGGAGUCAGCAGCAAGCAGAGCAAGAGGAAAGAAUGAGGAUGAAGAAACUCACACUAGACAUCAAUGAACGUCAGGAGCAGGAGGAUUAUCAAGAAAUGCUUCAGUCUCUGGCUCAACGUCCAGCUCCAGCAAAUACAAACCGGGACCGCCGGCCUCGGUACCAGCAUCCUAAAGGGGCACCAAAUGCAGAUCUCAUCUUCAAGACAGGUGGCAGGAGACGUUGAUCCAGUGUUAUAUUGGGCCCUCCAUCUAACAACAUGGCUAGUGGAGUCCUCCAGAUAUUGCGUCAGAUCAGCAGCACUUCGCAGCAUGUUCAGAAGAGAACGUGUUCAGGAGAGAAGCCUGGAACAGAGCUGGGAAUGAGGAGCGGCAGGAACACCCACUUCUGCUUCCACCUGAUCAGAAGAAGCUUCCAGCCUAGACAUAAACGACACACACAUAGAGCGAGCAUGAUUUGCUGAUAAGACAUCACAGUGGCCUUACGCUGCAGGGAAAGAGUGAACGGGAUUACUUAGCAAGCACCUCAGUUAUCGUAGAGCGUUUUCUUUUAAUGAAUUGCAAAUGAUUUUUAAGAUUUGCAAAAUGGGUGGUAUCAACAAGAGGUUAUCCUCUGAAGCAGAGCAGGCAAAGAACUUCAAAUGGCAGCUGAUGAAACACCGAUGGGGAGAUACAGUGAGAACCUUGACGCACGCCAUGUUGGGGUGAACGUUAGAAGUGGAAAAGAGCUAAACCUCUUUAAAAAAAAAAAAAAAAAAAAAAGUUUUUUUUUUUUUUUUUGUUUACAGUUUCCAGCAGUUUUAUUUUUGUGGUUUUAGAGAUGCACUGAAUGAAUAGGUUACAGGCAUUUGCUCAGUUUAAUCCUUUCUGAUCAGAGCAAUAUGAGAAGGCAGCAUUACCUACUGUUGUAUUCAGAGAGUAUAAUUACACUUUUCUCCCACUCUAAUACUGGGAAGAGCACAACAGUUGCCCGAAACUCCGAGCACUGUGCUGGCUUCAUAUGGCACACAGCAAGAUAAGAAGGGAAGCAGAAGGGUAAAGCAGGGUGCAUAAAUAUUGUGUGGCGAUGAGACACUUUUAUUUCCUUUUGAAGUAGCAAAAAAAAAUUGUGUUUUUCUUUUCUUCUGUUUAUUGGCACUUUUUUUUUUUUCUUUUCAGUUUAUCUUGUAAAUACAAUUGGUACAAUAAGCACAUUUAUGCUCUUUCUCAUAUGUUUCUUUUUUAUUUCUUGUUUUACCUCUUUUGGGUAAUUCUGCAUGUUGGAAAAUUUACAUUGGACGAUAACUUGCAGAGUUGUACCAUUUCCAACAGAAAUGCUGCACGAUCUUCACCAGCUUAAGAAAACAUUGCCAGCGCUGCAAUAAAGAAUUGUAAAUUGUAA